UUCAGAGCACUACUGUUGUCAACUAUGGACCUGCCAAACAAAACGAUUGAGCGAGGCGCACACAGGCAGGCACACACGGCGCGCGUACUGCAGAAGUCUUACAUCCAGUACCAAACAACUUGUGUAAUGAAGUAGGCAGCCGGCACAGCGGCGAGGCGCCGCGUUAGUAUUUGUCAAGUUUGUACUUUUGGGGCCCCACCGGAAAUGGAGUUUUCAGGGCUUAUUCCUUCGCCAGACCGGCUGCGCAAAGUACUGAUAGUCGGCGCAGGAGUGUCAGGUCUUCAGUGCGCGAGGCAAUUCCUAAAGCUGGGCUGCAACGUGCUGGUUUUGGAGCUCAACGAGGAUUUGGGUGGAGUCUGGCUUCGUAACUACUCAGGUUUUGGCCUGCAAGUGCCGUGGAAGCUAUACCAAUUCCCGGAAUUUCCAUGGCCCAAGGAGAUGCAGCCUAGGCAGGAGUACCCUACGGGAGAGGAAGUGCAGGAGUACGCGCGCGCCUAUGCGACGCACUUCGACCUGCGGCCCCACAUCCGCUUCAAUUGCAAGCUGCUGCGGCUGCGCUGGUGCCCCAACAUCCGCUCAUGGGAGGCGCUGUACUGCGACACAUCUGUGGAGAAGUUCUACAAGGUGGUGGUGGACUACGCCAUCAUCUGCGCUGGCAUCUACUCGCAGCCCUACAUCCCCGACUACGAGGGCACGGACUCGUACGCGGGCAUCCAGCUGCACGCCAAGGACUUCACAGACCUGUCGCUGGCGCGUGGCCGGCGCGUGGUAAUCGUGGGCGCGGGCAAGACGGCUCUGGACUGCGUGGGCAGUAUCGUCGCCACCAGCACCGCUGCUAGUGUGACGCUGCUGUACCGCCAGGCGCACUGGCCGCUGCCGCGGCGCAUGCUGGGCACGUCGGUGCGGCGGCUGAUGUUCAACCGCGCCAUGACGGGCAUGAUGGCGCCCUACUACACCGCCAGCGCCGGCAAGCAGCUGGCGGCGCGGGCCUCGGCGCCGCUGAAGAAGCUGUUCUGGCGCAGCGUGGAGAGCCUGAUCGGCAGCAAGUUCCGCAUCACGGAGCACCUGCGGCCGCGGGUGCACCUGCCCGAGGACCUGUUCUACGGGGGCCAGAUCCUGGACAACACCAUGGACAAGCUCAUCCGGGCGGAGGCGCUCAACACCGUCAAGGGCGAGAUCAACCGCUUCGUGCGCAACGGAGUCAUCCUGCAGGACGGCAGCUUCGUCGCGGCGGACCUGGUGCUGUACUGCACAGGGUACCUAAAGACUUAUGACUACCUGGAUGGCGACAUGCGCGCGCGGCUGGACCUGCAGAAGGACGGGCUGUACCUGUAUCGCAACUGCCUGCCGUACGCGGUGCCGCACCUGGCCUUCAUCGGCAGCGAGGUGUCCACCUACAACAACAUCCUCACGCAGGGGCUGCAGGCGCUGUGGCUGGCGCACGUGCUGACGGGCCGGCUGCAGCUGCCCUCGCCGGCGGACAUGGCGGAGGAUGUGCGCGCGCAGCAGCGCUGGCGCCGCACCAUCAUGCCGGCGCAGCGCUCACGGGGCUCGGUGCUGAUGCUGUAUAUGAUGCAGUACCACGACCAGCUGCUUGAGGACAUGGGCGCCAGGCCGCGGCGCAAGGGCCUCAACGUGUUCGCCGAGUGCUUCGGCACCUACAGCGCCCAUGACUACAAGGACCUACUGGAGGCCGACCCCACCGUGUCGGCGGCGAUGGAGGCGGAGCAGCGCCUUAUGGGGCCCGGCAUGCAGCCGCCCUUCCGCGGCAGCCACGGCAACCGCCAGGAUCACCGGCACAAUGACGGCGGUGACUACGACGGCGACGGACACGGCUCAGGCGCCUACGGCCACGCCGCGAAUGGGCACGGCAGCGGCGCCGGCCCGGCGCCGGGACGGCACGGGCAGCCCGCCACGCCGCGGGGCAACGCCGGCAGCGGCAGCUACGCCGGCACCUACAGCUCCAUGGGGCAGCCGGGCAGCUCGGGCAACGGGUACGGGGACACCUACAUCGGUGGCAACGCGGCGGCUGUUGCCGCCGCAUCUGCGGCUUCGGCAAGCGCCGCCGGCAGCGGCAACGGCGCGCCGCCCGCCUCGGCGCACGGCACCAUGCUUGCGGUGUACGCGCAGCGCGCGCAGCAGGACGGCUACGAGUACCACCGGGCGUUGAUGGGCGAGCGGGUGGGCUCUGGUGCAAACAGCGGCAGCGGCGGCGUGGCGGGGCUGCGCACCAUGAGCAUGUCGGUGUCGCGCGGCGCGGGCUCCAUGACGGCCAACAAGCGGCCGGCGUCAGGCGGCAUGGGACUGGCCGGGCGACAACUGUCCAUGUCCAAGGGCUUGCUGGCACCGCUGGCGGCGCUCAUGACCGGCUCGCCGCACAACAGCUUCCGCCGCAGCAUCGACAACCCGCACGGGCGGGUGCCGAGUGCCGUGGCGCUGGGCGGCUCCGGGGCGCCGUCCGCCAGCGGCAGCUUCGGCAGCCGCCAUCCGAGCACCCGUCCGCACACGGUGGAGGGCUUUUAUGGCUUGGCCACGGCGCCGACGGCAGUGGCAGCGGGCUUGGCUGGCGCUAGGUGGGGUCCUGGCGAAAGCCCCAGGCCCCGUCACGCAGCGCUGCAUUCGGCGGUGACGGCGCAUGAGGCCGCCGGCCUGACCGCGGGAGGCCGCCUCCACCUGCACGCCUCCACCACCCACGGCGAGAGCGCGCACUCGCAAGGCACGCCCCACGCCGAUAGCCACCUGUCGCCGCGCGCGGUGACAGUGAGUGGCAAGAGCGCAAGUAACUCUGAGAUGUUCCUUAUUGUGCAGCAGCAGCUGCGUCAGUACAACCAGCAGCACCACCCGCAGCAACCGCAGGACCGCAGCCGCUCCCGCCCAAUACCGGCCAGCGCCCAUGAGCUACACCACGCGCCGCCUCCCGCUGUGGCGCACUCGGCACCAGGCCGCAGCCGCCACACCAACGGCCGAGCGCUGCCAUCACCGCAAGGCCAGCACGCCUACCGCCAGCACUCGCAGGGCCAGUUCAGCAGCAUGGCUGUGCUGGCCGAGUGCUCACAGCUACCCUCACUCGAGGAGGUGGAGCGGCGCAAUCGCUCCGCCGGCAGCGUGCCCGACAGCGGCGCGCUGUGCGGCAGCCAGCUAGUACCCUUGCUGGGCGCGACGGACAGUGGCUGCGCGCCUGUGACUGGCUUGCACACCAACACCACUGCCCCCAUGUACAUCGGGGGUGCUCCGAUGGGCAGCUCGCCCUCCAACUGUGCCGUCAGCGGUGGCGCCGCCGCGUUCAGCAGUGCAGGGUUUGGCGGCGGCAGCGCAAGCCGCCUCAGCCUCGCGUCCUCGACUUCUCGCAAUGCGCAGUCGCCCCAUGCCAGCCUCGGCCAUCCUGCGCCCCAAUCGCCGGUCCACAGCUACAGCCGGCUUUCGCGCAACACGCUCGCCACCUCGCCGCUGUUGGACGUGGCAGGGGGCCAUGACGGCCACGGCAGUGGCAGUGGCAUGCACCGGCCCAGCCAGUGCGUCACCGAGGGUGGGCACCUGAACUCGCACUCGGCAUCGCUGCCGUACGCGCGUUCGAGCAGCGUCGGCGGCAUGCGGACGAGCCAGCCUCUACCCAGCUGUGAGGGUAUGGGGUCCGGCGCCGUCGACGAGUUGAUGGCGGAGGGCGACUUCGUCGUGGUGGGGCCGAUGGAAGACGACGUUGACAUGCAGGACGAGUUGCAGGUUGGGGAGGCGCCGUCGAAGCAGCAGUUCAGUGGCACCGUGAUUGCUGUGGCAGGGGGGCCCGGCGCCGCACCCGGUGUGGCCGGUGUCGCUGGCAGCACGCGGCGAACUGCUGGGCGCCUGCCGCCGCCGUCGCCAUCCAGUGGCUUCUCGCGCUUCUCACGGCUUGGGGAGGGCGUACCAUCGCGCCACACACUGCACACAGGACGCGGCAGCACCGGUGGCAUGGCGCCGUACGACUCUAGCAACUCCGCCGCCGCAGCAACGGGCCUAGGCAACUCCGCCAGUAACUCGAGGAGCUCGCUACACUCACCGCACCAGCAACAUCUCCAGCAGCAGCUGCCGGUGCAGCAAACGUAUGCCAACCACGCGGCGAUUGCGUCGCACUUUGACGCGGGGCGUGUGGCGGGGCUUGCCGGCCAAGGAAGCGCCACGCCUGAGCACGAGCACCCCUACCCGCCGGACAGCCCUUUCCGUAGCGGCACACCCAUCAGCCGCCGCACCACCGAAGCCGACGGCGGCGGCGACUUGUCGUCGGGGACCAUGCCGUCCAGCUGCAAGAACGCUGUGUCUGCCUGCGGCUUCGACAGUGGGACGGCUCAUGCUACCGCCGGCCCAGCAGCUGCAGCCAGUGACAUGUACGAAUCAGGUGCCAGCAGCACGGGCACUCCUGUCGCCACGAUGGACCGCACACUCCUGCAGCAGGCGGGGCCUCGCGCUGGGGCUAUGGCUGGCUUGCAGCAGCAGCCGACAUUGCGGCAACCGCCCGGAGGCCAAGUGGCGAUGUUUGAUUCUGCGUUGAGCACUCAAGCCUGCGCCAGCGAGCCCAGCAACCGCCUCAGCAUCAGCAGCCGCACCAGCUUCGACAGCCGGCCGAACUCCUUGGACGUGACGCUGCCGCCCAGCGCCGCCAGCAUCCCCACGGGCCCAGGCGACGGCAGCGGUUCCAAGGCAGCAGCGACCGCGGGUCGCACGCGCCUAGCCGGCACCUCGGACCUUGUGCUGCGCACAGGUGGUGACGGCGCGGAGCAGCGGCAAUGGCAGGACCAGGACGGGGAGCCGCAGCUGCCGGUGCCUGCGCAGCCGCUUGUCGAUGAGCUUGCCGGAGGUGCGCCGGUGACGCCACAGCAGGCGCAGGCCGCGGUCGUGGACAUCGGCGGAGUUGUGGGUGCGGGCGGCUUUUUCGAGGGCUCUGCGCCGACUAGUUCUGGCUACGGCGAGCCCACCAUGGCCAUGUCUGGCAUGAUGAUGCGCGCGCAUUCCAUCCCCAGCACCGUGAGCAACGGCGCCAGCAGCACCACCCCCACGGGCAGUGGCAUGAUCCCGUUCGGCUCCGCCUUUCCCAGCGAGUCUGCGGCGCUCCCAAUGACGGGCUCGUCGUCUGUGGCGGGCCAGCGUAAUGGAUCAGACUCGGGGGCGCCCGGCGCUCGGGCACUGCUUCCGCCAGGCUCGCGCGCUUCGUCAGGUGCGGCCUUGAACACGCCGUUUGCGCAGGCGGGCCCGCCCUCCGCCGGCAGGAGCAGCAAACGCAGCGGCGUGCUGGCGCGCCACGUCAGCGGUGGCCUAGGCUACGGCGGCGGCGGCGCAUUAGCACUCGCCGUGGUGCCUCCGCUAGUUGGUGGCGCCGGCAUGGUGUCUGCCUCGCCCUCGGGUGGCAGCGGCGCGUCCAGCGCUUGCGUACUGGCGUCUAGGAGCAGCGGCGGCGUCCGCCUGCAGCCGGGCAGCGGCAGCCCCUCGCGGCUGCACGGCAUGCCCAUGCUAGCAUCCGCGCCGCGGGAAGGCAUGCCCAUGCUAGCAUCCGCGCCGCGUUUUCCCACGGCGCAGGAAGCGGUGGCAGGUGCCGGCGAGGUUGCAGUCACGAGUUGCGGAGCAGACAACAACAGCAACGUGCUGCAGCUGUCGAACCUGACGUUGGGGGGUUGGGACGUGGAUGUGCCCGCUGGUGCUGGGGGCAGCAGUCUGAUGGGGCUGAGUGGAGGGAUCUGCCACGCAGCCGGGAUCAUGUCGCUGUCACGUGUGGAGAGCUUGCCUUCUCGGGAUGAGGCACACCUGGGCGCUGAGGUUCUAGGCCAGUGAUCAGAAAGCGAUGCCCGGCUUGCCUACGAAGGAGUUAUGCCCGGGGCAGAAUCUUGGCUGCAUUUCACACUUAACCCUGUGGACAUUGCCGUAUGAGAGGGAUGCAGACGUCUGGUGCGUACUGGCCGCCAGCGUGAGCCGGGGCAUACCGCGCGCAUGCGACCAGGAAGCGAGGGGUUCUUGAGGUUGAAAAGCUAUCUCCUUGAGCGCUGCAGCCCAGUCCUAUUUCGACGGCUGCGUGUGGCACUACUUAUCCCGUUUGGCGGUUUGAGGCAUAAGCGCACGCGUUUGGUGUGGUGUCAUUGUUUUGGUGCGAAAGUUCACGUCUUGGAACGCGGCGUUGUCUGCUCCUCCCACGGUUACACACGCGCAAUGAGGAGUUGCCAUUCCCGAACGCUGUACGCAACGAAAGCGAAGAUUUCAAAUUGGCAUCGUGAUGUUAUAUAUGCAAGGGGCGUCUAUGCAAUUUAUCUUGCGGCGUGAUCUGUGAACUAUUAAAAUGAGCGCGUGCUGUGUGUCGCAGUGUAUUUGCACCAGUGAUGUGGCCAAUACAUGGCUGAGGUAAGUCCCCCUAAGUGUAGUGCCGCUACUUUGUGGGUUGAUGGCAACUAGGCGGUAAGGUGUUGUGUCUUACGGGCGUGGUCGCGGCGGGGGCGAUCACGAGUACCGCAGACGCGGACAUAGGAUGCGUAGGCGUGUUUUGGAAUGUUUUGUGCGACAUGUUGAUGACAGUAUUCAAUGCAAGCGAGGCAUUAGGAUGGCUGAGGACUGAGGGGCUUGUGCAUUGCAACUUUGCCUGACAAGUGCGCUGUUGGACAGCGCCAAGGAACGUGUAUCGUUCACUGCUAUGGCAGGCUGGAUGCCGGCAGCCUUGGUUGAGCGUCCGCGCUCUCACUCCUACUGCACCGUGUGCAUGGGUGCCGUGGGGCCAUGCGACGUGAGGUGGCCAAUGCAUGGUGGUUGCUGUAGCUGCAAUGCAUGGCAAACAGGGCAGCUUGGGGAACGUGUACAUUACAACGCGCGCGGGUCCCCAACGUGCGCCUCAUGUGUUGUGUCCCUUUCUGCAAUGGAUUCUUGAGAUACUGCGCGUGCAGCUGGUGAUGACGCAUUGUGCCAUGAGGUGCGAAGGCAGGGGCGACAGCGAUGUUCAUACGUGGAUACAGGCGUGGGCUUGUAGGCCCAGCUUACCGUAUUGGCUUCGGCAUACUGAAUGGGCAUGCGAUAUGGGUAAUCCCAGGUGCGCAGACAAACGUGUAUGGCCACAUGCCGAGUAUGGGUGCAGGACGCAUCACGGGGUUUAAUCCACCACACUCACAUGCCUCGGGGAGUGGGAAAGGUGAAGGAUGCAACACGUGCUUGCCAGACCACCUCUUCCCCAGGGUCCUCCCUGCCCUGGAAGUGUAACCUGUGUUGCCACGCGGACGCCCAGGUAGGCGCAGAGGGGAUGUUAGUGGGGAGGAAUGGUGACUGUGGGCCCUGGCGAGAGAAGGUCAGGUUUUGCGCUGUAAGGCAAGACGGGGCGAAGGAUUGGACGGACCAUAGCUCGACAGGCCGGUGGCAGGAGGUGCAAUGCGCGAGGGAGUGGGACAGCUGGCCGCACUCGGGCUUCCCAUGGUUGUAUCGGGCACAAGGCCGAUAACUUCAAAUUGUAAUGACUGAUGCCUUGAUGCUUCCUCACUGGCCAUAAGCUGUAAAUUUUGCAACUU